CUCCGGCAGGAGCAGUCCCUAACCCAACCUACAGGCACUGGGAACUUGCAGGCAGCCGGGGACCGCUGAAUAUAGCACUUCGUUUUCUUUCUUUGUGUUCAAAACUAUUUUUCUUUCUUCCUCAGAUUUUGUUUUUCUCUCCCCCCCCCCCAUAACCCCCGUGGCAGUUGUUUCCCAUUAGUAACUCGAUCUCUCGCUCAGUUAAGAUUCUCCUGCUAUCCCCUCCUUCCGCGUUUGUUUGUUUUCUGUACAUCUCCUUCUGGGAAACGCCGGACCUUUUUUCCCCCCUUCCCCUUCUCUUUUUUUUUUUCGUUUUUAAUUUUUGCCCGGGUCUUUUCCCCUCUCAAAUAGAUCUAUUUCUACUCUGUCGUUUUCUUCUUUUCUCUCUUGCCGCUGUCCCCACGCGUCUCUACGCUCUUUCACCACACAGCUUGGUGCUGUCCCUUUUGCUUCCUUCACGCGGAUGAACUGAGAGCCCCAGGCGUGUGUUUAUGGAAAUAGUGGGGUGCCGCGCCGAAAACAAUUCGUGUCCUUUCCGCCCCCCAGCCAUGCUCUUCCACGGGAUCUCCGGAGGCCACAUCCAAGGCAUCAUGGAGGAGAUGGAGCGCAGAUCGAAGACCGAGGCCCGUCUGGCCAAAGGCACUCAGCUCAACGGCCGCGACGCGGGCAUGCCUCCUCUCAGUCCGGAGAAGCCCGCUCUGUGCGCCGGCUGCGGGGGCAAGAUCUCCGACAGGUACUAUCUUCUGGCCGUAGACAAGCAGUGGCAUCUGAGGUGCCUGAAGUGCUGUGAAUGUAAGCUGGCCCUGGAGUCCGAGCUCACCUGCUUUGCCAAGGACGGCAGCAUUUACUGCAAGGAGGAUUACUACAGAAGGUUCUCUGUGCAGAGAUGUGCCCGCUGCCACCUUGGCAUCUCCGCCUCUGAGAUGGUCAUGCGCGCCCGAGACUCUGUCUAUCAUCUGAGCUGCUUCACCUGCUCCACUUGCAACAAGACCUUGACCACGGGAGACCAUUUCGGCAUGAAGGACAGCCUGGUGUACUGCCGUGCACACUUCGAGACCCUCUUGCAAGGGGAGUAUCCACCUCAACUGAGCUACACGGAGUUGGCAGCCAAGAGCGGAGGCUUGGCUUUGCCUUACUUCAAUGGCACUGGCACGGUGCAGAAGGGGAGGCCCCGGAAGCGGAAGAGCCCAGCUCUGGGAGUGGACAUCGUGAAUUACAACUCAGGUUGUAAUGAGAACGAGGCAGAUCACUUGGACCGGGACCAGCAGCCUUAUCCACCUUCCCAGAAGACCAAACGCAUGCGAACAUCCUUCAAGCACCACCAGCUCCGGACCAUGAAAUCCUACUUUGCCAUCAACCACAACCCGGAUGCCAAGGACCUCAAGCAGCUUGCUCAAAAAACAGGCCUGACCAAAAGAGUCUUGCAGGGAGAACAAAUCUUGGGGCAUUACAGCCAAACAUCCCGACGUUUGAAAAUUCCCUAAAGUAUUAAAAGAAGGGGAAAAGUUUGAUCGGAAAUCCACUGCAGUGAAGACAAAGACCCUAUUAGGUUAUGAUAAUUAUACACUUAAAAGUUUAUUAACCAAAAGAGAGAGAGAGAGAGAAAGAGAGAGAGAGAAAGAGAGAGAGAGAGAGUGACUUAAGUGUCAUUUAUUGAAUGUUAACAAAACUUCUGUUCUUUAUGAUGUCUGACACAAAUGAAGGCUUAACCUCAUGUGGUUUAAUAAAAGAGCAAGAUAAACCACGCAGAAAACCAGAGCAACCUGGCAGUAAUACGCCCUCCCCACAUUUGGAGAAAAUUAUUAUUGAAACAACUCCACACAUUUGUCAAGCACAAUAACUGUAAAAUAAAGUCCCAAAACAUCCAUUUCAUCUGCUUGCUAAUGUGUAUCAGUCCUAUCUCUUAAUGUCAUUUUCCAAUUGUAAAUUCAGAGGAUAACUUUUGCUCAUUACCAAGAGUGUAGGGUUCAAACCCAGCGGUUUUAGUACAAUUGUCUAUACUUCCUUUCUAAACAGAAGGCCCUGCAUGCACUUUUGCAUCUGUCACCUCUAGUGUACAUCUCUGUAAUGAUGACUUUGCUGUUUCCUGUAUGAUAAAUAGCUUUCAUGAAUAAACAUUUUAUUUGAUGCAAAUAUAGUUAACUUUAUGUUAAGCACACAUUGUUGAAAUUAAUUUUGAACACUGUCUUAAAGAGUCAGGGCAUGAAGUACAUUUGCAGCCUGUUAUGCCCAAGGGAAAAAUUUACAGACUAGAGAAUUAGGUGAAAUUAUUUUCUUUGAUUUUAACUUUUAUGGCUUAUUUUCAUUUAUUUAUAUUCAGUUGGCACAUGGAUGAAAAUAAAAUAGCAAGCCCAAAUUACAACAAAAGAGACAUCAGAAUAACUUAUUAUGUAAAAUUCCAGCCACCUUUUGUACAUUCUAGGGUAACGCUUAUAGAUUCUCUGUGAGUUUACAUGUUCACUAUGCAAUGAACAAAUUUAUUGAAGUAUUUAAGUAUAUUCUGAGCGCUGACAUUUUUGUUCUUUGUGUAGUUCAGGUUGCACAGGUAUCAGAAACAAAGGAUCAAUUGGAAAGAAGAACAAAUAUUUAGGAAUGAGGUUUCUUUUCAUCGUUAAAGGGAAUACUUGAAGAAAGAAUUGUGUGAAGCUCCUUUUACUUAGCUCUAGAUCCAAAGCACAUGUUAAACAAAUUAGCAUAUAGAAUAAUUUCCAGAAAAAAAAUUCCUUAUGAAAUUUUUAUUAUGUACAAAUAAACCCUAUGUAAAGGAUGUAAGUUUUAUGAAUGAUAGACAUAAAAUAUCUCAUAUUUAUUCUCAGAACUUUGAAUGUUUUCUCAAACACUUUCAUUUUCUGAAUGCUAACCAAGGAAAACAAAAGGAUGAAAGGACAGGUACCAACUUAACUAACAAUGCACCCAGAAUGCACCAUGCCAAGUGCACUGCUUUGAGCCAUCACGGAACAUGUUAGUGUUGUCAGUCACUUGGAUGUUUAUGGCUCAUCGAAAUCUCAUCCAUAGUGCUAGCAGCCUGAAUGGGUUUUCCAACACAUUUUCAGCAAGCGUGUUGAAACCUUGGUCCUGUAGGCUUUGCCUUCUUUUCCUGUUCUGUCACCUAGGGCAGUUUCAUUUUGAAAUAUUUUUGGAAGCUUGCCUGGUUUUUCAGACUUUUAACUAUCUGUCUGGUAUGUGAAAUGCGGGAAGAGACCAAAGAGAGAAAGAACGUAGCUGAAUUAGACAUCUGAAAAAAAUAAUACAAAUUUGAAACAGGCAUGCUUUUUAAAAGAAGAGAAAAAGAACACUAAUUAUGUGAAUGGGACGUGGAAAAAUCACGUGAUGCAGGCUUGGAAGGUCUAACACACUUUCCUAUGAGGUACGACAGUCUUCAGUCUGGGCAACUACACAUUUAUUGUUUGGCGUAGAUUAGAAGACUGAGGAUAUUUUAGAUGGGUGCAGGGCACCAAAUUAUAGCUUCUACCUCCCCAGAUGCCUAGAUGAAUAUAACUUCUGGCAAAUUGAUCCUAGGAACACAAACUCUUACCGACAAUAUCUGUGAACUUUGGUUAAAUACCAUUGUAAUAUUGACUUACAUAGUAGGUAGGCUUUUGAUACUUCAAAUAGAGUAAAACUUCAUAACACAGAAACCAAAGCAAACAACUCUUAGAGCCUUGGUGAUUUUCAUUACCUAAAAUGCCAAUAGCUUUACUUAGCAGCAUCCCAGUGGGAUUUACUGUACAGUUUUCAGAGUGACGGCUCUUUUAUUAGGCACAUAUAAGGUAGCAUCGUUUUCUAUCGCAGUAUGCCUGCAGAGAGCACUGCAGAGUGGUGGGAAGCAUCAGAAAUGGCAAGUGCUGGGACAAAAACAUGGCAUUCUAUCAUCUUAGGCUUUUAAGGAAAAUCAAGAGAUAAUGCUGUUGUGAUGAAAAGAUAAAGUUUUGAAUAGAGUUUUGUUAUUUCAUUUUUAACUGUGUUACUAGCACAGUUAACUUCACUUGGAAGAAGAUGACAAACUGUGAAGGAGACUCAACACCUUUUAGACUUUAUGGUUGCUGGCCAAUAAGAACACUGGGGCUUAGUCUAGACUAAGUAAAUAAUGUUGAAUUUUUUUGGAAACUGUGCAUAUAGAGAAGUCUCUAUGGGCCUAUGGAUGAAUAUAUUUUCUAUUUCUAGUAAUGAGAAGUCAGUUCUGAAGACUGACAUGAAAAACAGUAACAAAACAAAAAAACCUCUGAUGUACAAUUCUUUGCUAUACAGAUAAUGUAACAAAAUUGGAACCUAAGUCUCUUUAGCUUUUGCUAUUGAUUUGUGUCCUUUUUGGUCUCACCUAUUUUGUCUUUAUGGUAUUUUUCAAAUUAUUAUGAGUUCCCUUAUUUUCAAAAAUAAAAUCCCCAAGUUAAAAUAUUCUUUAUAAUGCCUUCUGGGAACAUUCCCAUUUUAUUUUCCUGGAUUUCGUUGCAAAAAGAAAAAUAACUGUGCAUGAUGCUCAAAGAGUCUGUGAACAGGAAGUAAGCGGCAAGACGAUUGCCGGGAUUCACUUGCUCGUUAACUGUGUUGCAAAAUCAAUGUUUCAAUCAGACACCAUCUCCCGCUUGCUACAUUUCUCUGUGAGCAGUAAUAAAAAACAAGAAAUCAACCCCAAACAUUGGCAAGUUUCGCUUCUCUUGGAUUGUUGAUUUUUGCUUCUCUGUGUUACAUUUUAUUUUGUGCUGAAAUGACAAGAAACAAGCAAGGAUAAAGAUCCAGGCAUCAGGGGGGAAGUUCUGAUGUCUGUUUCUGUGUCCCUUCAGGGGUCACUUGUUAGAAGCAUCAGGAAUGUUUCUUUCCUUUGGACUCUUUCUGUUUACAUGUGCAUGAUCUCAUAAAUGACUCUGAAGUGUACCUGGAUACCUUUUAUGGUUAUUUGAAAAUAAAAUUUGCUUCAUAUAA